AUGACGCCGAACGAGGAUUCCGAUAAUGACGAAUACGAUUACCUACUUGAUGAUGCCGAUCGCGACGAAUACUCCAGUCCGCGUGAUGUUUCACAAGUUCGGAUUCGAGGACCUCGUCGAGUGACGUGCCUCCGUGGCGAGACUGUGACCGACUACAUCCUGCCUAUCACAUUAAAAAUACCGUACUUUUGUCGCGGAAUUCGUUCUCACUGGCGGAUACCGGAUACCGAUUAUAACUUGCUGGAAACAGAGGCCGAAGUGUCCGACCCGAUUGCAUGCCAACGACUCGACGAUUUAUGGGAUCAUGUCUCUCGUCGGCGACUACACGUAUCCGGUGGGGAAAUUAUCGAUUGUUUUCCAUAUCACUUUAACUCUGUAGAAGAUAAGGACAAGCCUCCGGCAAUACAACCAGUGUUCUUCAUCCGUCUCUGA